GAGUGAAGACGUGCCUCCUUCGCUUGGCUUGCAACACUAUAUAGAUAGCCGUUACAGCAGGCGAAUCGAAAUCCAUAUUUCAUUCCUACAAAAGACCUCAUUUCACCAUUUCGUUCCGUUUUGAUCAUGGACCGCCAAUCCGUCUUGGCACUAGUUCUGCAGAUCUUGCUGAUAAGCGCCGAGUCGGAAAGUCAACCGAAAGCCCCGUCAUCUUGGCCAGCAGCUGACGUCAUCCAUCUAUCCCCGUUGGCUGUCAAAUCGAUGCCCUAUCGUGAUUUCCGCAUUAAAUUCUACCGUCGCCAGAACGAUUUAAUCUACGAUGUUAGUAGAAGUGCAGGUGAAAAUCAGCAACCGGCAUCCAUUGGUGACGUGCGCUAUUUUUACACGCCCAUAGGAUCACUCGAUCACCGGAGUGCCGUCAGCUACCACAACAACGUGACCGGUGAGUCCGAAUUGCGUUUCGUUAUUCACCUGUGGGAUGAUGAGCUGGAGGACGCGAUUGCCAAGUAUUUGAAAAACGUUCUCAAGACACCGGUAAGAAAAGAAGAUUUGGAAGUUAUCCCUUUUCAGCGGAUCUACCUAGAACUCAACACCAAGCUGCAAGAAUUUGUUCAAUUCGAAUCGAGAAAAGCUUGGACUCAUUAUUACGUGCAAGAGAGGUACAUCUGGCCCCGAAUGAAGUGCCCAUCCACCAUGGAUUGCAACAAGAUGGCUGAGCAAAUGAGGCUCAAUCCAACCCAGUUCUCCGACUGCUUCCAACUGAAAUUCCUAAUGGAAUCCCAGCAGCGGAGCACACAAUUGUUGAAAAAAGAGAUUUCCAUCGAAGCCAGCAGUCUUGUAUUAGGUCGACUCUACAGCCGAGUCGAAUCGAAAUUCCAGCGUCAAAAUUACGUUCUACUAACUCCACUAGACACCCGACAGCUCAUCUUCGAAUCAGUCAAUAAAAUUAUUUCGCAAAAUUUCGAUGACGGAGCAGUGGUGGACGAUUCCAACAUGUACGCUUCACUCGAGCAGCUGCUGGUACCUUCGAAACAAAACAUGAAUGGUCAGCCGAAAAAUCCAUCCGACGGCGGUUGGGAUUUACUUUACUGGGAGCAGGACGAAAAUUACCGACCCGACAAACUGGCCACAAUCAUCAAUCAAAUUUACAAUUGGUCAGAUUCAAAUGGUAAACGCAAGUUGAUUGAGGUUUUUCGACUAAAACGUGACCGCUCCAAAAGUUAUUCCGACGCCGAUUUGAGCGCCAUGUUCGAAAAAUUCGCAUUCACGGUCGGAGAUUUUCUACAAAGGAUCGAAGUAGUAGAUGAACCGACUCCUGACGAUUACGAUUACGACGUUGUAAACGUUACAAAAGUGGCAGAGGACGAAGCACCUCUCCCAAGCUUCAAAAGGGAGAUGAUGAGUACGUCUGAAGCCCUCUUCAGCCAAAGCGGUUUCCAUGUCAUAGGCCUACCAGAUAAAAUCAAUCAAACAAAGAGCGACUGGGACGCCGAAUUUUCAGACAUUUUGGAGGAACACAAGACAUUGGCCUUGAAGAUGCUCAUGGCGAGUGGAAAUGUUAUAAAAUGGACGGGAAAAGAAUUUGUCUUAAAGCCGCAGAAAUUUUCCAAAUUGAAUUUGGCUAAAUUGAGAGGUAGGCAGGCAGAUAGCAGGGCUAUGUUUAAGAUUUCAGUUCCCUACCUCGAAGCCGACAUGGUAAUGAAUCCUAAAAUUGACGUCAAUUUCUACUGGACUCCUGAGCGUGACUUGAAGGUUCGUCUGCAAGAUGCGCUUCUCAUUGUAGAGGAAAAAUUCAAGCAAAUCAAAUCCAAGAUGACAUCAAAUUAUACGGCACUAGUAAAUGAUCGAGAAAAGGAAAUUAUCGAGUCAACAGCGGCCCGUCUGCAUGAUGCGCUUCGCGAUGUAGACGAAAAAUUUCAUCAAAUGGAAUUUAAGAUGAAAUCAAAUUACAUCGCAAUGACAUUAAAUUACACGGCCCUAGUAAAUGAUCGAGAAAAGGAAAUUGUUGAGUCAACAGCGGCCCGCCUGCAAGAUGCGCUUCUGGCUGUAGACGAAAAAUUCCAACAAAUGGAAUUCAAGAUGGCAUCAAAUUACACCGAAAUAAUAAAUGUUCGUCAAAAGAUGCUGCACGAUUACACAACCCAACACGAAGUCUUAGUGGAGAACACGUCGAAAAAAAUCAACGAGUUGCAUCAUUUGGUCGAACAAGAGGUGUCGAAUUUGGGCAACCAGACAAAUAGGCAAUUUUCCGAGCAAACUGCUAUUCGAAAUGCUCUGAUUCAAUCUGUGAGGAAGGGACAGGCGAUUGCACUGCAGUUGUCGAAUGAAGCCUACGAAGAAAGUCUGCGUCAACUACGUGCCCAAGUGAACCGAGGGGCGAAACUCGGCCGGAUGCCGUCGUCAUGCCGAGACUUGUGGACGAUCGGCCACUCCCACACGGGCUACUACAUCGUCCAGGGCAACAACAACAAACAUCCGAUCGAAAUCCUUUACUGCGACAUGGCCGACAGAGGAAAUGCCUCCAGCAGCAGCGCAUUGCAACGAGACUACAGCAGAGCCGAUUCCAAUGAAAAGUGGAUCGGUUAUUCCGACGUCAAAACUUCCUCCGUUUACUUUUACGCCCAGCGCUUGACGACGUUCAGCCAGCAAGGAGCGCCAGUUCCAUUUCAGGCAGAGAUUUUGAAUGCUGGCGGAGCCUUCCGCUUGUCAGACGGGACAUUCAGCGUGCCCACGCCGGGCAUUUAUCAUUUCUCCUUCAGCGGACUGAGAGCCGCAGCGAAUCAUUUCGUUCACGUAACGCUGCAAGUCAACGGCAAACGAUUCGGCUCCGCCUAUUCGGGCACACCGGAGAGCAACAAAGUUCCCUAUCGCCCCACCAGCCUCUCGCUGCAAUCGGUUCUCGAACUGAGACGAGGAGACCAAGUCCGUCUGUUUCUGGAAGCUGGAGCCAUCGGAGCCGAAACACCGUGUCAAGACUGCGUCCAUUUUAGUGGCAUGCUUCUGACAGAAUAUUUGUAGCCUGACCCGUAGCUAUAGAAAAAUGUCAUCCGCAUAAUACAAAAAUAAAAGACACAGAAAGAGACAGUAGGAGAAAGCGGACCUAAACUAGAAACUGAGAAUAAUUUAGAUAAGGGAAGAAAAUGUAGUACGAAUAAUAAGUACACUUGAAUGUGUGUCUCCUAUUUUUUUUCAAUAAAAAUCCAUUUAGUUGUCAAGUGCUUUAGUCGUAAUUCAAUUGACACAAACUGGAAAAAGCUAAGGUGGCCAUACGUUAAAUGACUAACGAAUUAUAGCGAAAAAUCUGGGCAAAUGUUUGCAAUAAUGUUUUUUUUUCCUUUCGCAGAGACUAGUAAUACACUUUAACUCGCACAUC